GGUCGCAGGCCUCCCGCCGCUCCACGCGCACGCGCGGUACUCACCAACAGGUCCGCGGCGCCCUGGCAGCCCGGCCCACAUCGCCCCCUACCGGCCCGAGGCCUCCAACCAGCCAACAGUGCCAAUUUUCACCUAGAAAAGACACGGCGGCCCGGCCUCCGUUCCCCCAAUGUCCCAAGUGGAAUUUGAGAUGGCCUGUGCUGCUAUCAAGCAGUUGAAGGGACCUGUGAGUGAUAAGGAGAAACUGCUGGUGUACAGCUUCUACAAGCAGGCCACCCAGGGCGACUGCAACAUCCCUGUCCCACCUGCCACAGAUGUGAAAGCCAAGGCCAAGUGGGAGGCAUGGAAUGACAACAAAGGGAUGUCCAAGAUUGAUGCCAUGAGGAUCUAUGUUGCCAAAGUGGAAGAACUGAAGAAAAAGGAUACUGGUUAAGGAGGGCAGAGUGUCAAACAGAAUGAAGUAGCAAGGCUCCUCGGAUAGGGAAAAGGGCUUCUUAAAAGUCUGAUGGCUGAAAUGUCAUGACGCCAUAACAGCUGUAGCCAAGAGACCUCAAUAAAUCACUUAAACUGCA